GUGCACGUUAACUUUGCCUUUCCGUUUUUCAGUUUGAAGACUACUAGUUUUUAGUCGUAAGACGGACGUCGGGAAAUGAGACAGUGCAUAAGGGUGACCGCUUUGUGUUCAUAAGAAAAGAGUCACGGAGUUAAGACCUGCAAUGGAGCCCAUGCCCGAGUACUCCCUCUUCCUCGUGAGGAUUUUGGAAGAGCUGGACACAAAGUACAGUAGCGUUUCCUACCAGGACCUGUGCAGGUCUCUGUGCGCGAGGUUCGAUUUGGUGCACCUUGCUAAACUACGGAGUCUACUCUUCUACACUGCCUGCCUGGAUCCCAGCUUCCCUGCUACCUUGUUCAAAGACAAGAUGAGGUGUUCUAUGGAGGACCAGCAGUCAAAAAAACUUAUGGUGGCUGCGGACAUAGUAACCAUGUUCAAUCUAAUCCAGAUGAAUGGGGGGAUAGCCAAAGAUAAGCUCCCAAUGGGAUACAAGCCCAAAUUUCAUAAGAAUCAAUCUUUUGAGUCCUGUCGAUCUGACACUGACAUGUAUAAGUAUUCCGACUGUGAUAGGGCCUAUGAUUUCUUGGACUCAAGAGGCCAUCCCACAUCACAUGGUUCUCCCUGCCCUAAAUCUGACUGCAACAGCUGUCAGCAGUUCAUUCCAACCUCCGACCCUAAUUUCCUCCUGGGAAUCAACAAGGAGAUGAAAUGCAGGGCAGCAUCACUUGACAAGCUCCAGCAUCUCCCACAGUACUCUAGCGUCAGCCCCACUCCCUGCGAAAUGCAGAGUACCUACUUUCCCAUGGAUAUAGACAGUGAGUCCACCACGGAUCAGGACUCUUUGCAUAUAAAUUCAGGGAUAAAAGAGACAUUCAUCUCCAACGCUGAACCAUUCACCGUGCACUCCUGUGUGCAGAAGAGAAAUAUUUUCAAAGAGGAUUUUCACAACCUGGUAGCUUUCGCUCCCCAUGUGAUUACCACGGACUCUAAGCCCAGUGUUAAAGUGAGUGGUGGAUACCACCGUAAGGAGACUCACAAGCCCGCAACCUUCUUCAACCACAGUUUUGAGCUGCCAUACAACAACCCAUACUUUGAGCCAAUCAACUCCCCCAUUCAGGAAAAACGACGGGCAAAGCACGAAAGUCUGGAUGAUCUGCAAGCUUCUACAUAUUUUGGCCCAACGACAGUAACGGAGUGCGUGAACACCAAAAGAACUUCAGCAAGACAGGGCAGGCAGCCAGCCUGGCCAGUCAAGAGCUUGAGCUUAAACACCGAAGAAGGACCUGACUUUGAGAGGUCCUUCCUAAAUGGAAAGCAGACCAAAGACAAUCACCGUCACAAUAUCAACGACAUGGACAACGAGCCACAUUAUCAGUGUGCCAAAGAGAAGCCAUCUAUCUCCUCUCCAGCCUUUGCCAUUAAGACAAACGUACCCAAAACUAAAGACACAGGCUCUAUGGCAGGUGGACCAGUUGUGGAUAAGCGAGAAGGCAUCAAGAGGUUCAAAGAAAAAAGUGUUAACUGCUCAUCUUUCCAUGUUGGGGGCAUAGAUGCCUCAUUAAGUGUGGGGACACAAACUGACAAAGAUCAGAGAAAGGUAAAAGAUUAUAACGGCCGUAGCAAGUAUGGCGAGAGGCACAACUUUAAACACUCAGAUGAGGACUCUGAGAUGGUCAGUGAUGACAUUAGCGAUAUAUUCCGCUUCUUGGAUGACAUGAGUGUGUGUGGUUCCACCGGAGUCAUUCAGUCAUCCUGCUACAACAGCAAUGGGUCCCUCUCUCAGGUGACAAAGUCAGACGGAGACAGCUCACCUGAACAGAACACAAUCAAACUGGCCAAAUCCAGCAACAGACUGGAUAGACUGUUUCACUCCUUGGAGAACUCAGACGAUGAGCUGAAGGCCAGUGUGUGUAAAAUAGUCCUCCGGAUUGGGGAGAUUGAAAAGAAGCUCGAGUCCCUCUCUGGGGUACGUGGUGAAAUUUCCCAGGUCCUCUCCAAGCUGAACAAGCUUGAUGAAAAGAUCCAGGAACCAGAAGCCAAUGGCAGGCAGAACGAGGAGGAGGCUCGGUCGGAUAGCAGCAUCUCGCCCCGGGUCUUCCAGUGUCACACCACCGGGCACCCGGCCAAGGUGGAUCACAACCCGGAGUGGUGCUGCUCAGACGCCAGCGGAAGCAACAGCGAGAGCCUGCGGGUCAAAGCCCUGAAAAAGAGUCUCUUCACCAGGCGCUCGUCUCGAUCCCUGACUGAGGAGAACAGUGCUACCGAAUCAAAAAUUGCCAGCAUUUCCAACUCUCCCAGGGACUGGAGGGCUGUCACCUAUUCCAAUCACCCUGGGGAAGAAGGGAAGGAGAAGGAACAUGACAGCAAGGAUCGACACAGGAAAUCCAAGGAGACAGACCGGCAGUAUGAAAUCCCUCAGGCCCAUCGUUCUUCAAAACCCCCAAAGGACUCAUACCUGAUUGAGCAGGUGUUCAGUCCGCACCCCUUCUCCCCAGCCGUCAAAGCCCACGUGAAAGGCAGCCCGCUCUACACAGACAUGAGGCUGACAGAGCUGUCCGAGGGCAAGCGGGCCCAGCCAUCCUGGACCAUCGAGGAGUACAAGCGGAACUCAGGGGACAAGGGCAAACUCGCUGCACUGGAUCUGCAGACACAGGAGUCAUUGAACCCCAACAACCUGGAGUACUGGAUGGAGGAUAUCUACACUCCGGGCUACGACUCCCUGCUGAAGCGCAAGGAGGCCCAGUUCAGGAGGGCCAAGGCAUGCAAGAUCGGGGCGCUGAUCGCAGCGGCCGCCUGCACGGUGAUCCUCGUCAUCGUCGUGCCCAUUUGCACUAUGAAGUCAUGAAGCGUUACAAUGUUCCCGCUCUACCUAAGGCUGUAAGGUGCCACAGAUGGUUGUCUUAAAAUUAUUGUGGUAUAUCAGAAAAUAUUUAUCUUGUUCAUUUUGGGUUGGGAGAAGUUAUGAAGUCGUUUUGUAUUUCUAGGGUUUAAUUUGCUUUAUUAUACCUAUGUAUGUUUGUUUUGACUAACACAUUCAAUGUGCCAAUGCGGGGUUGUGUAUAUAUUGGAUCUUCUGACUUAGGUAAUGUAUUUUAUUAUAUUAUUAUUAUGGAUUAUAGGAAAUAUUUCCUUUUUUCUAGAAGUUUACCACAUGUUGAUUGUUAACAGAAUGGAAAAGGUCAAAAGGAUUUAUUUUUUGUUAUUUUAUAAAAAUGUUUAUGGCCUUUUAAAAUCUUAGUAUAAUAAUAUACAUUUAUGAAUUUAAUUGAUUUAUUUUUAAUACAUUUACAGAAUGUGAGGGUGAUAUGGACCAGGAUUUUCCCCUGUGAAUCAUGAUAUUUUCAAUGGGUUUGUGCAAUGUAUUUUCUUAAUAGAAAACAUAACACCGUAGUCUUAAAAAUAGUAUAAUAUAGUUCAAGACACUAGUGUAUAAAAAAGGUGAAAAUAAAAUCCAUCCACACACAAGCAGCAAUAUUGAAUGUAUGAAAAGCAAGAUUGCUGAAUUCAGAAAGACAAAAAAAAUCCCAUUACUACAGUAUUUUCAUGGUGUUGAUUAAUGCUGCUGUCCUUUGAUUCAUGUUGUAUAAUUAUUAGACCAAGUAGACAAAGAAGUUUAAAGUGCAUUUCUGUUUUGUCUGUACAAGGUUUCAUCUUGUAAGGGUAAAUCCUGUCCAUUUAUAAAGACUUGAAUUUCUUCUUUACCAUCAACUAUUACCACUCACUGGGGAAGGAUUGUUGUUUGGUUCUGUCAGCAUUAUUGACUGCUCCAACCAACACAACACAAAGGAAAACCAACAUGACCACUCUGCCGACUGUAAUGUAAUGUACCUCUAGUCUCCUGUGGGGCCUAAGAGAAACUGAAUGCAAACUGCCUGUAUCCAUGUAGAGUCUGCUCACAUCAACUUUCAUGUUUUAUAAACACCAAGGAGCGUAUGACUGAAAUGGCUAUCCUUGGAUGAGUAGACAGGCAUCUAAAUUCAAAACAUGCUUACUCGAUGGUCGGGGACAGUCGGUCCGGUAGCCUUGUUAUCGACACAAUGAACUGUGAGCCGUGGCACACUGUAGAACUUUGUAAAUAAUUCAGGAUGCAAUCUGAUGAUAUCAAGCCUUGUGUAACUGGAAUAGGUGAAUAAAAGCCCACUGUUCUGAUGGUGUAAA